GGGUAGUUCUGCCGGAUGUGGAACUCCACGUCAAUAUUCAUGGUGCCCGAAAUGACAACACCUCAGAGCGGAGCCCCGGCCAGCACCGCAUCACGACCCAUGAUCUCGAGAAGCCGGGAGAGGACGUCACUCAUCUGCUUCACUGACCGCAGCCCGCAAGACCCGCCACCUGCCGAAGUGCAGCCAGAAAUCAUGGAUUUUAAAAGAAACCACUAGGGGUCAUCAUACCAUCCAGAACAUAAUCCUGUCCGGCUGUAACAUGCUCUUUGUCCCAGCAGAAAGUUUCAAAGAAAGGGACGAAGUCCAGGACGUGAGGGCAGUACUAGCACUCCUCUGUGCUCACUCCUGUCCUAUCACACUAUAGCAUGGAAACAGAGAGAAGGGGGUUACAGAGCAGCCUGCGAUGAAUGGAUGGCGAGACCCAGCACAGCACAGCAGACUCAGGAAGGGAGAUGAGUCAUGUAGAGUGAGGACACGCCCCCUCUAAAGCAGAGGAUGAGAAACCAACCAACCAUCCGGCACCAUCAUAAUUUUGAUGCAGAAAGAGAUUCCAAGAAGCUGCACAAGGCUUGUAAAGGGCUCGGGACUGAUGAAAAAGCAAUUAUUGAAAUACUGGCGAAUAGAUCUUCUGAACAGCGACAGGAAAUAAAGCAAAAAUUCAAGUCAAUGUAUGGCAAGGACAUAGACAGUGUACUAAAAGGAGAACUGAGCGGUAAUUUCGAGAAGACUGUCUUGGCAUUGCUCGACCGACCCUGUGAAUAUGACGCUCGGGAACUCAGGAAAGCCAUGAAAGGGGCCGGUACCAAUGAAUCUCUGCUGAUACAAAUCCUCUGUACAAGAGCCAACCAGCAAAUACGAAACAUAAAAGUGUCCUACAAGAGAUUGUUCGAUAGAGAUUUGGAGGAUGAUGUGAAGAGUGAUACCAGCGGGUACUUCAGGAAGAUACUUCUCUCGUUGCUGCAGGCCAACCGAGAUGAAGGUCUGGAGGUUAAUAAGGAUCAAGCCGGUGAGGAUGCCAAGAGACUAUAUGAAGCUGGUGAAUCGCGAUGGGGCACAGACGAGUCUGAGUUUAAUGUUGUCUUGGCGACAAGGAACUACAUGCAGCUAAGAGCCACAUUUGCAGCAUAUGAAAUUCUGAACGGGAAGAAUAUUGAAGAUGCAAUUAAAAGUGAAACAUCCGGAAACUUGAAAAAAGCUUAUCUUACCAUUGUACAAUGCACAAAAGAUUGUCAAGGAUAUUUUGCCAAAAAACUUAACAAAGCGAUGAAAGGAGCCGGAACAGAUGAAGCUGCAUUAAUCCGAAUUCUUGUCACUAGGGCGGAGAUUGACCUUGAGACAAUCAAACAAAGAUACUUGGAGCUGUACAAGAAGAGUCUAGCGGACGCCAUUAAGUCGGACACAUCGGGAGACUUCUCCAAGCUGCUCUUGGCUCUUCUGCAUUAAGUCUUAUAUUGUAGAGUUUCUUAUGGGACCCUGGUUUCUAUGUAUCUCUGUUAUCUCCACUUGUCUUCUGCCAUGUCAGACACAAGGGAAACUGACAGCGGCCAAUGUGAAAUAAACACUUGUG